UAACAGCGGUGCGGGCUGCCUUUUCCGCCGCGGGUUAAUCAGCCAACCUGCCAGCCAGGGCUGGGAUCGGUCUUGCGGCUUCGCGGUCGCAGCGGCUCGGCGGUGGCAGAUCCGCGCUGCUCCCGCGGCCAGGAGAGCCGCGCCAGCGCCGGCCGGGCGUUCCUGCCUGCCUGGGCUCCGGGCGGAGCGGCGGCCGACGCCGCGAGGGUGUGCGGAGCUGGCUCGGCGGUUCUCGGCGGCGGCGGCGGCUGCUGCGAGUUGCGCUUGGUUCCACCAUGUGCUCUUCAGAUUCUAGCGAGUGCCGGUCCUCACAUUGCAGUCAUAUAAUAUUCUCUUAGUGCAAGAUACACGUUACAGGUUGUCCAGUGGAAGUGUGGCUGAUUCACUGGCCCAUUUGCAGAAGGAAUGGACACCCACAUGGACUUGCUGACAGAGCUCCAACUGUUGGAUAAGGUCCCCACACUAGAGAGGCUGCGGGCAGCUCAGAAGCGCAGGGCUCAGCAGCUAAAGAAGUGGGCACAGUAUGAGAAGGAGAUGCAGCACAAGAAGAGGAAACACGAGAAAAAGAGAAACGUGGUCAGCCGCAAGAAGGUUUCUUUUGAGGCCAGUGUUGCCCUUCUGGAAGCUUCAUUAAGGAAUGAUAUUGAAGAAGUCUGCUAUUUAUUGAACAACAAUUUCAGUCCGGACCUGUGCAAUGAAGAUGGAUUAACUGCACUGCAUCAGUGCUGCAUAGACAACUAUGAAGAGAUAGUUAAGCUGCUCCUGAACCAUGGAGCCAAUGUCAAUGCAAAGGACAAUGAAUUGUGGACUCCCCUGCAUGCGGCUGCAACCUGCGGACACAUCAACCUGGUGAAGGUCUUGAUUCAGCAUGGGGCAGAUCUACUGGCAGUGAAUGCAGAUGGCAACAUGCCAUAUGACCUCUGUGAAGAUGAACCAACCUUAGAUGUCAUUGAGACCUGCAUGGCAUACCAGGGAAUCACACAGGAGAAAAUCAAUGAGACUCGAGCUGCUCCAGAACAGACAAUGGUUGAUGAUAUCACAGAGAUGUUAGCAACAGGACAGGAUCUUAACAGAAUGGAUGCACAAGGUGCUACACUGUUACAUAUAGCUGCAGCUAACGGCUACCUGCAUGCAGCAGAGAUUCUUCUAGAUCAUGGAGCAAGACUGGACCUCAAGGACUGGGAUGGCUGGGAACCUCUCCAUGCUGCUGCCUUCUGGGGACACAUGCACAUGGCAGAGCUGUUAGUGUCCCAUGGGGCAAGUUUAAGUGCCCGAACAAUCAUGGAUGAGAUGCCAAUAGAUCUAUGUGAAGAAGAGGAGUUUAAAGUUCUGCUCUUAGAGCUGAAACAUAAGCAUGAUGUCAUUAUGAAGUCUCAGAUGAGACACAAGUCCUCUUUGAGCAGAAGAACUUCCAGCACUGGAAGCAGAGGGAAAGUGGUACGGAGGGCAAGCCUUUCUGACCGGACAAACCUUUACAGGAAGGAGUAUGAGAAGGAGGCAAUAAUUUGGCAGCAAAUAGAGUCUUCUGAAGAGCCAAGAACUUCUGACUACAAUGGUGACGUCCGGGAGGUUUGCUCCAACCAAGAGAACACAGAUCCAAACUCUACAGAAGAUGCAUCCCCAGUCAUUCCAGAACUGGUAACCAAAAGCACGCAAUGUGACUCAGAAACUCUGCUCCAGAACGGGCUAAGCUUAUCCUCCCCCACUUACCAGUACUCUAUCCCGAAUGGAGACAUUUGGACAAUGCAUUCUACUCUGGACAUUGAUGCAAGCCAACCAUUACCCUAUGAUACCCCCGAAGUCUCCGAUUCUCAUCAGAUCUGGGGUGGUUACAAAGAAAGGAGCCACCAAACCCUUUCUGAGCUGAAACGGCAACGGGCAGCAGCCAAGCUUCUCAAUCACCCUUUCAUCAGUACACACUUUGGUAGCAAUGUGGGAGGUACAGCAGAAAAAGGGGGAGAAGCUAAAGAGCAUUUGAUUAACUCCAGGACUCCCUCCUAUACAUCCAAUGGAACUUCCAUUUAUUACACAGUGUCAAGUGGUGAUCCACCUAUCUUGAAAUUCAAAGCUCCCAUGGAAGAAAUGGAGGAGAAAGUACAUGGGUGCUGUAGAAUUUCCUGAUUUAAAUCCAUUCUUAACUGAUGGAGAAAUCCAAGCUGGGCGGGCAUGUUGCAUCACUAACAAACCUUGGUUGUUACCACUGCUAAAUGGGAAAAUCUGGAUUGGUCAUAAUAAGGCCAGGCUCUACCUAAUUUAUUUAAGUACCUUACUUUGCUUUUGCAGUUUCAUUAAAAUCAAGGAAAUGUCAGUGGCAAAGAGAAGUCCAGGGAUAAAACUCCUUAUUGCAUACUUGCAUACUCAUAUUGUCCAUUAGAGUGAAAAGCCGUUAAACCCACUUGAUUACAAACCUCCUCUGAUAUAACAUUUCAAUUCCUAGGCUUUCCUGUGUUUUUGUGCUCUGGCAAAAUGGCACUUAGGGAACACAAAUCAUCUCAUACACAUCCUAGGUGUACCAAUAGCAAAGGGAUACUAUCGAGAUCCAACACUUUUACAAGCAAAGAAAUAGACUGUUAGAGGUUUUUGCACACAGAAGAUGUAUGCACUUUACUAUAACAGCCAGCCUGAAAGUGUAGCCUGUUAUGUGAUUACACAGUUGGGACUUAGUCAUUGCACUGCCAAUUACGACUCUUAACAGAGGUAGGUCCUCUGCAAAUUUCAACCGUUUUAAGGAUGGGUGGGAUAUCUGGCACUCCUUAGAGGAGUGAUACAGCUAAAAGGAAUCUGUGGUUCUUGUAUAACUUUCUCGUGAUAGUUCUUUUGCCUUGCACUUGUGCAUAUUUUGACAUACACUGUUGGGGAAAGGAUGUGCCCUUCCAUUAAUCUAAACAUUAUUUCCUACCACUUGGACUCUCAAAUCUUUGUGGUUGGCCGAUACUACUAUGCCUAAAGGGUUGGCUGAAGUUUGUGGCCAGUUUGUUUGGUACAAAUUUCUCUAAUCGACUGUGAUUUCCAUAUUGUACUCUGACCUAUUCCACUUAAUGCUUUUUAAAAAAAAAUACUUCCUCCCAGGCUUGAAAAGCAGCUAACUUAAUACAUUUAGGUAGUACAACACAUUCUGGAAUGGCACAGGCCUACCACUACACACUUCAUCCCCAUGUGAGCUUGUCCCCAUCAAAAUGUGUAAGUACACCUACCCCAUGCUGUGCUGUCAUGACCUUGUGCAUUGCCCCAACCCACUCAACACCUUUGGUUGCUCCAGCUGGAAAUGAGGAAGUAUCCCAUGUCAUGCCAUUGUUUCAAGUGUUACUGUAUGUUAUGAUAUAAAGGUCUCCUGUCUUGUAUACCAUGUAGUUCUGCCCACCUUGAGGGAGUUCUUCACAUUGGCAAUAGCCAUCACCUAGCAAUAAUCUAGAAUACUGUGGUGAGCAACACAAGAGCCAAGGGCUAGAAGCACAUCCCUAAGCCACAAAUGAGUGUGUGCACUUGCGUUACAAUAGAGUCUGUUUGCACAUUACUUCUUAGUUUGAGGAGGAUAAUGGUUGCCAGAGAAGGUCUCUAGCAUCUCUUCUUGGCUUGGCAUGUCAUCAACCAGUUAAGCUUCCAAAAAUAGCCAUUUUUGGGAGAAGUAGUGACUUCUGAAAUGCUUCUUAGAUUCUAUGUUGUGCUGCCUCAUCUCAAAAGGUUAUACUUGGAAUACUUUCUCCAGCAACCGAAAGGCCAUGUCACUGCAGCAUCCAAUUUGAGCGAAAGACUAGCCUUUUCUUAAUAGCAAAAGCUAUAUACAAUAACAGCACAACUAUCUAAGGCACAUCCCAGCCUGUAUACAACUUGAAGCAACCAUGGGCUGUUUAAAAGCUCUCUAUUGGCCCAGGCCACAAAGUGGAGUGAAAAUAUGUAGCCAGUUCAGCUGUUGCAGUUUUAACAAGCACAUUCUGUGGGGCCACACUGCCUGCCUGCUAAACGUGUAUGAAGCAGCCCUCAGUAUUGAGAGAGAACAGUAGAAAGAACGGCUUGACGAGGGUGUACGAUUGACACGAUGGCUUCAGCAGGGACACUCCCGCAUCUUAUUUUAAGUGAUAGUGCUGGGAAAGUACCUCUGAGGCUUGAAACUAGUACUAAGAAAUAGGAAUGGCAUAGUCAAAAAUCUGUAUCUCCAGUUCAUUUUGUACUUCCAAAUGCUGCUUCUAGCACAAUUAUCCCUGUUGGUCAGACUGUUCUUUGUUUAUCCUGGCAGUGUAACUUAAAUCUCAAAUUUUGGAAGAAGUUGCCUAAAAGAUGCAGAAGCAUUGGAUAGUUCUGCAGUGGAGGUGCCUUCUACUGGAAUUUCCCUCUUUUGCCUGAACUGGUCUGAUAAAUGAUUUCUUCAGCUGAACUAUACUUUAAAAGAUUUUGAUCAUGCCCCUCGAUUAAAUGUGUCUGGUUUUACACAAUGUAUUUAAUUUUUUAAGUAUCACUAGUACAAUACUGAAUAGGAGCCAUGUACCCUAUAGCCAAACAGGCAGCACAGUUUCUUGUCCACAAUCAGUUUCAAAUGCACAUUUCUCUUUUUAAGUUCCUGAAUUGUCCACAGUUCACUGUGAUCUAGGCCAUCUUCAGUCUUUUUAGGCAUAGGGCUCACCUUUAACUUCAACAAGCAAUAAAAGACUCAUUAUUUCAUCCAUAUGUCCCUCUUUCACCAUCAGAUGCUUUGCCUGUCCCCCAGGGAUGUGUCAUCCAUCUUUGGCCUACUAGCAGGGCAGAAGGGGGGGAAAAUAAAAGAAGGUAUGCUCCCUGCUCAGCACCUUGUAUGGAGCUUAGCAUUGCCUGCUCUGUGGGACCUCAGUUUUUCAGGGGAAGAGCUUUUAAUGGUCCAUUUUUCUGCUCCCACUUCUUUUCUAGUUUCUCUCUGGGCAUUCCUAGAGCAGGGAGUUUGAAUAGCCUCUGGAAAGUUUCACUGCAUCUUCACAUGAGACAUCUUGCCCCCUUUUGCCACAACAAAAGGGCUGAGCUCCCAUAUAACUAACUCCUUCCUCUGCUCUCCCUCACUUCUCUUUGCUUGAUUAAUUCAUUGGCCACCUUUUCAACAAUGUGUCAUGAGCUAGUCCUUUCCCUCCUUCCUUUGGGUUCCAGAAACUCAAGACAAUCUUUUGAAAUGCAGCUAUUUUAUUGUAACUCCACAGCUGACAGAACAGUCUACUCUAAAUAGCCUUUAAUCAACACUGGAAGGAGAAGCCUCUGCUCAUGUAAAAAGUUGAAUCCAAAGUAGAGCAUGGCAGUCCCACCUUUUCAUUAUGGCUGUUGGGUCUUGCCUUUGAAAUGCUAGAUGGUGAGAUCAAACAAGCCCUUCCAGAUGAACAGCUCAUCUUCCCGAACACCUCCUACUGGGACAAGGACUAGUUUUCCAUAUGCUCCCCAUCUCCUCCUGAAAACCCUUCCAUCUCUUCCAAACAGAUUGACUCUCACACUCGGUGUGAGAAACCUCUCUAAGAAACCUUGGAGGAGCUUCAAAGAGUUCAGCAUCACCUGUUCCUGCUCCUGUUCAAAACCUGACAAUGACUCCCAGUGCUUAGCCUACAACGAGUGAGAGACUGGCCCAUUCUUUACAUAGUGUACAUUAGGCAUAAGAAAAAUUCACCAGUUUCUAUCAUCACAGUAUCCCCACCAACAGUUGUAAGUGUUACAAAGCACAUUACACUCAAAAAAAAUCUUAAACGGUAAAACUAAAAGCUUGCAGAUGAUCCCACAAAAGCCAUUAAAAUGUGUGUGUUUUUUAAAGUGCUCAAAAAACCCUAAAUAAAAGGCCCUAAUGAACCUUUCCGAAUAGGUUUUUCCAAAGAGAGGUCUUCUGUCAUUUCACCUAACUAGGCAUGGGUACAGGGAAUUUCUGUUCUGGAGUUGGUGGGAUUGUCAUUUACAUCAAAUUAGUUCCCAGGACACUAAACAUGUACAGUACCAGAAAAUAGUUGGUUUAACAUUCAGUUUCCUUUUUUAUUACCCUCUCUCCUCUCUUCUUUCUGCUCAUUAAAAUACAAAAUGUGAAUAUUAGACUAUCACUGGUGCCACACACCUCAAAUCAGUACUCAGUCUGUUUAUGUGUCCAACUGAGUAGUUGAAAACCAGUGAUGAUGAAAAAUAUGAUUGCAUGAAGACCAGAGAAGUCCAUCUUGGAUGUAAAUAUUUCUAGUUUCUGCCCCUUACAUCACAGAAACAUAAUGUGAACUGGAGAUUCAACAAACUGAAGAAUAUUUACCCUUGCUUAAGGAGAGAAUGGCAAGCAUCUAGUGUAGUUUCCCUGCCAGGUACGAAACUGAACAUGUGGCAGAAAGCUAGAGACACUCUACUUCACAUGGCAGCUAAACUGCUGGGUGGGUAUAUGCUGGAAACUCUUCAGCUUGCAUGCUGUGCAGUGUCCCUUAGUGAUUCAUAUACGGGUUGCACUCCUUUUUGCACUUCCUUGGGAGUCAGUGCUAUAGUAAGAGUAGCUUCCAAGUAAGCGUGCAUAAGAUUUCAUUGUAACAGUGUGAACCUAUGCAUGUUUACUGAGAUAUCCCUCUAUGCUCCAUAGAACUUAUUCACUAAGAGGUGACUGAAGGAUUGCUGUCUGUCAUUUAUUAAUCCUAAUCCUAACACUUACUUUGAAUCUGUUACUUCUAUUGAUAUAAAUGUUUGCAAAUCAGUUGAGCCAAAUCACUAGGCAGGUGUAUUUUCUGUUCAAAUGAACAGGGUAGAAGCUUUCGGUGCCCGAUCUCCUCUAAGAGUCUAAAUGUCAAGCAUCAUGAAAAGGAAGUUGCUAUUUCAUCUAGUGACAUAGUCAUACUAUUUAUCCAGUCUGGUUUUAAACUGGGAUCAACUGCUGUGCUCAUGCAAAGAAUACUGGGAAAGUGCAGUUCUCUUGGGGUGAUAUUUGACUGCUGAAACCACUGCUUGCAAUUCCAAGAGGACCAAGGAUUGCAAGAAAUGAUCAUAACAUUUAAACCAGUUUAUUCCUAGUGUAGCUUGUCCAAUAAAUGUGAUACCUGACCCUUGUUUUGAAGGUGCCCUGAUGAUUAUAACAACUCUGUAUUUGCACAGGCAUAAGGUAUUGCCUCUCUGUUACCAAACUGACAUAAGCAGUAAGUGGAUAGUUUUUAAAGGAGGGUUAUGCUGUUUCCUUUGCCUAUUGAAUUUGACCCUGCAUUUUAAUAAAUUGGGUGUGUUUAUUAUGCAGGUAAGCCUGUCCUGCCCCCAGCUGGAGAGUAAGGGACAUUACACUUCAUUCUUUGUCAGACAUUUUUGCAGGAUCUGUGACCAAAAAUAAUUUUGGAAAUUUAUGAAGGCAUUUUUUUUCCUACAGGAUUUGUGCCACUGCACCAGUGGUAUCAUGUCCAUAUUUUCUACACAUGAGUUCAGUAGAUGCUCAGGAAUCUUUGCAUAGAGCUGUAGGAAGAAACAAGAUUAUAUUCACAUGUGUUGUGUAAUCCUUUUUAGAAAUGAAAAUGCUGACAUUAAAAAAGAGAGUUGUUGUACACUGACUUACCAACAUGCUAUGCAUUCUCUCUGCAUUUUCUUCCAACACUUUUCAUUACUGGAGAAACCAAAUUUCAUAGUUCAUAUAUAUCCAAGGUGAGAAUGUCAUGCUUUUGCCAACAACUGUAGCAGGCUUAUUCCAGCAACUAUUCCUUUAUUGAAAAGAUAGCAGUACAUAUAAGCACACUUGAAAUUUAUUACAGGUGAAAAGCAUACAUGAGUUUCAUAAUGGAGAUUGGAAAUGGUUGACUUGUAUCAUCCUCAAGGACUUCUUCAGAUGCAUGAAUGCUCUUGUGAAGCUGAGUAAUUUUCUUAGAAUCAGAUCAGAUUGUUUGUGAAGCCACCUGACCUAUCAUACAAGCUGGUAAUACAGCUAAAUUUUAGUUUUGCAUGCAUAUGGGAUUCAGAGUGCACACAUUCUUACUAGAAUGUAAACUUUGCUUGCACUACUGAGCCAAAGGCCUACCUUGCAGAAAGUAACAGGUAUGUAAGCUAUUUAUGAAAAGAGGAGAAAACUUUGUAAUGGGAGUGUCCUUGUAGGUGCCACGAAGUACUCCCAGUGGGCACCAGAGUUCUAUGGCCUUAAUCCAGCUCUAGCCACACACAACAUCUAGUGGCUUUGGAUAUUGAAUUCCAUCCACAUCAGAGACUUAUCUAACUCUGGGUGAGUCUCAGGUGAGCUUCAUGAUGCUGCCACAUCGAUUCAUCCAUGGGGUUUUCUUUGCUGGAUUGCAGUGCAUGUUUGAAGAGAGUUAAACAUCUUCCCAUCUUGUUUAAGGGUUUUGGCAAUUUUACAGAUCUAUUGAGUAGCUUUCAAUCUUAUACAUAUAAGUGUUCUGCUUGGUGUUUGGCAAGAAUUUAGUUAACGCUUCAUGUCUCCAGGUUGCUUUUGGGACUUGGAAAAGACAAAAGAUUACUAUGGGUUAUUCUUAUAGUGCAGCAUUGAGCCAUCUUAUUAUUCUCUUUCUCCAUGGUUUUGAGCUUUGCAAUUAAACUGUCAAAAAUCCCAGUUUUAGGGAAAACAGACAGUGUGUAUAAUAGCAUCUUUACUGUGGAAAACUGCUGCUUCUUGAUGAAAGGGAGUUUUGAACAAGGUGUUCAAUUAUGUUAGAGAGUUACAAUGUCCAACAGAUUUUUCCUGGUUCUGCAAAAGACCAGCAGAAGAUGCUUUGACUAUAUCUGCUGUAACAAAUGUAGGCCUCUUUUAAUUCAUCUAGGUUUAAUUUCCAUAAUUAUUGAUGGGAAUGAAGGUAUAUCUAUUCCCCUGUGUAUUACACAAAAUAAGACAUGUGUUGUCAUUCUCAAGCUUUUCUGGUUAGUAUUAAUGAGAUUAUUCUAUCGGAAAAUGAUUUGACAAUUCUCCAUUGAACCCAUCAUUUAGAGAAUUAAACUGGCCUUCUGGUCAAGGGAAAUAUGUAAAAUGUUAUUCCUGGAGAAUUGUACCCCUUCAGGAUAGCAGCACAGAUAUGGCCUUAGUUAAAUUUUAAAUUCUAGAAAGAAACUGAUGUCAGUAAGGCCUAUCACUGUACAGGGAAGGUAAGCUAUAUUAAGAAAAUGUCAACAAUUUGUUCAGCCCUUUGCAAUAACUUGACUCUGUGGAUCUUUAUGUAUGAUAUGAAUAAAUGACUUUACUGUGGGGAAUGAAGAACACCCACCUGUAUAUUAAUAUUAGCAGCACUGUAUAUAAAGAUGUCAUUUUGGCUCCCAGAAUCUAAUAUAUUAAACUUUUAAAAGCAGGUUUAUUUGAUAUUUUUAUGGAAUAUUGAUAUAUGUAUGAAAAGAUGGUGGCUUUUUAAACUGUUGAAACAAUACAAUCUCAAACUGACUGAGAGUCUGAUGGCAAAAGAAUAUGUGUGACAGUAUUAGUUUCUGUCUUUGGUUAACAGAACAAUUUUUAAUUUAAACUAUUAAAUUUCUUUUAUUAAGAUA